ACCAAGUUUCUUGCAAUACGAACACUUUGUUUUAUUGGAAAGGCGAUUUUAACAAUGAUUUUAAAAGCAAGCGAUCUUUGAAAGAAGCGAGCAUGGUCAAUUUCCAUAGGCUCAUAUUCAUUAGAUGGCUGGAUUACUGGUUGUGAUCCAGGACGUGGAUAAUGUGGUGUUUGACUUGAAUAGCCACUUAAUUUACUUAAAUGAGCACGCUCAAAAUCGAGCGCGACUGAGACAGCCGUGUUUAAAGUCUCGCACGGUCGAUAUUGUACUUCUUCUGUUGUUCUUUGCCGGAAUCCUCUAUGUAAAUAUAUGAUCUGAUCGAUCUCCGCCAUGUCUUUAAUUUGCGAAAUAAGUUGGCAAAUUUUGGCGACUUAUUCUGAUAAGUCUUCACAACUUUUUCGCUUUAAUCGAUGCAAUUUAUCACGUUGGCGAUAUUGCAGGUCCACUGGCACAAACCCUUAGUCCAAAGCAACGAAACAUGCUUCCGCCGUAUCAAUUUUAGACUGGUGAAGCAAAACCACUGUGCUGCAGCUCCACGCAAAGUGCUUACAAGCACUGCCACCAGAUUCCUCGUUCUACUCCGUUCUUUGCGCCGAGAAAUAAUUGUCUAUGUUUGUCCAAUAAAGAUGAACAGACUCUACUUCACUUUUCCCAUUAUAAGUCAAUCUCUUACUAAAAUCCUUUGGAGCAGAGUAUCGACUUCUUGAAAGGGAUCGAAAAGAGACUUGCUUUAAAUUUUUUGAUAGACGCUUGAAAAUAUUUGAAGCUAGUGGACUAGAUUUCUUGAUGGAAAUGAGGAAAUCUUGCGCGGUUUUCGAAGCUUUGUAAUUAGAGCCGAAGACCAAAGAUUUAAUCAAAUGGAAUUUGAGAUUCAGUACGGCACUUCUUUCUCAUAGCACGUGCAUGACUGAAUUGGGCCUACUCCCUUCACCGAAGAAACCGACUCAAGGUAAUGAGUGAGGAAGUGUGGGUCGGCUUGUGCGUACACGACUUAAACUUUCCGAAAUGGAUUACCUUCUUUGAACUAUUAAGCCGGGUCCAACCUCGAUACCCAACUGAGUGGCUCCAUCUGCUAAUGCAGGCUCUCAGAAUUGCGGUAGAUAGAUAAACCACAUACUCGACGGUACCCCACAGCGCCUCCAAAACCGAUUGGGCAAAAUAAGGGACA